AUGGCUGCGACUUCCCAGCUUCAAUCAUGGAACUUUAGCUUCCUGUUAAUGGCAUCCAUACUAUUAAUGAUCAGUUGCAAGUUAACGUCUGCUGUCUUUCAACCCAGUCCAUGGCAGCUCGCCCAUGCAACCUUUUAUGGUGACGAGACAGCCUCCGAGACCAUGGGAGGAGCGUGUGGAUAUGGAAACUUGUUUGCCAACGGUUACGGAACAGACACAGCAGCCUUGAGCCCAACCCUGUUCAACAAUGGGUACGCAUGCGGGAGUUGUUAUCAGAUAAAGUGCUUUCAAUCCCCGUGGUGCUUUACAGGGGACAUCGCAUUCACCAGAGUGACGGCUACAAACCUUUGCCCACCAAAUUGGUCUCAGGACUCCAAUGCUGGUGGGUGGUGCAACCCACCUCGAACCCACUUUGACAUGUCCAAGCCUGCUUUCAUGAAGAUUGCCCAGUGGAAGGCUGGCAUUAUUCCAAUAAUGUACCGCAGGGUACCAUGCGCAAGGAGCGAUGGGCUUCGAUUCAGUUUCCAAGGAAAUGGGUACUGGUUGCUGGUGUAUGUGAUGAACGUGGGAGGUGGGGGAGACAUUUCCCAGAUGUGGGUGAAAGGGAGCAAAACAGGGUGGAUAAGCAUGAGCCAUAACUGGGGAGCAUCGUACCAGGCAUUUGCUACGCUGGGAGGCCAAUCUCUUUCUUUCAUGAUUACCUCCUACACAACCAAGGAGACUAUCUAUGCAUGGGACGUCGCUCCUUCUAAUUGGAAUCAAGGAUUGACUUAUGAGGCAAAUGUCAACUUACGUUGA